AUGCAAAACUGCUCUACGCUGCACAACGAGUCCAAGAAGAAUUCUCUCAGUGAGCCCAACGUCCCGUUCCCUCCCGCCCGUCCCACCGCUCACAACCUGGCUGCCGUUUGCCACCAGGGUCAGGGUCGUCCCAGAUACCCGGACAGCUUCUUCCCACCGUCCUUUUUCAGCCACUUCCGCCGCCGUGGAAAAGCCAUCAACCGGCUGGAGUUGUGGUUCACGUUGUGCUGCAGUGGACUGGUGGCUCAGCAGAGCAGCCAGAUCCUGUGCUGCACCCAGCAGGCUUGGAAACAAGCUCUGUCUCAGUUCUGCGUGGAUGAAUAUUCCACCAUGACCGUCCCGUACGUUUGCUGUGAGGCCUCAGGAGACGCUCGCUGGAGCUGCUUCAACAGCAAGCCGGAGAACCCAAACUACAACCCAACGCUAGGCUACACGGCUCCUCCCAUGAACUGGGAGCCAGGAUUCACCUUCAACCCCCAGGCUUGUUAGAGCUGGAAAUGAGAAUACAGCCGGAGAGUUCAGAAGAGAAAAAUCAACUGUGUGUUCAGACAAACAGGAAAAAUAUGUGCAAGAUAAUGCUGAAUUAAUGCUGCACGCUAAAUCUGUGCUGUGUCUGUAUCUUGUCUUUGUCCCAAGCUCUCAAAGGAGGACAGGACAUUUGCUUUAUGUUGUGUAAGGACUGUAAAAGUCCCAUUAAUUCAUUUUCAACAUGCUUACAUGCUUUUUGUCAGUGCAGUAGCAAGCAAAGAUACAAUAUUGGACUUGAUUUAUGAGUUUCCAGAGGAAUAUAACAACAAUUUAGCAGCUUUUAGACACUGACACAUGAAGAAAUGGGGAAAACAAAGUUCAUCAGGGGUCAUGGUUGGCUGGAGGAGUUGGUUGUGGGAUAUUUACAUAAUAAAAGUUUAAAUGUCCUGACCAGCUUGACUAGAAAUGUACUGUAAGGAAACACAAAUAAACACUUAACAAACA